CUGUCAUCUCAUAAAAUAAACAACCGUUUAUUGCAAUACUUGGACAUUUUAACUGAAAUACAGGUUACUGUGACGCUUCGCCACGACUGAAUGAAGAAAACCUGUUGUAAGCAAGUGAAUGAGAAGUCUGCAGCAGGAAACUAAUCAGCAUGUCAACACUGCUGGAGUUGAAAAGCAGUGUGAUACGGAAAGUGCAGAGAAGUCAGUCCCUAAGAGUAAGGAGGGAGCCUACAGCACAGCCAAACAGCCCUCUGGUGUAUAGCCCUGAUACUGCAGCCCGCAGAACCCCUGAAGGCAAUGGUGAGUUCUUUGAGCGUAUGAAGAAUAUUCUCCAUAAACAGGAGGACAUGCAUUGUGCUGUUGAUGCUGAGGCCGGGGAUGUCUGUACUGUAGCCCCUCCACCUGAGAGUCUAGAGCAAGUUUGUGUUCCAGAGAGAAUGAGCAGGAGUGAGCUGGAUCUUUUGUAUGAAGAAGUGGUCUACACCCUGGUGAACAGGGCUGGUAUGCCCUCUCCGGACCAUGUAACCAAUGAAGCAGAACUAUUCAGUUAUAUACAGAGGGUGUUUGAUAUAGGUGUAGAAGAAAAGGACAUUAUUCAGCAGAAAGUGAAAGAAUCAAAGAGAGCGUGUUUCUCAUUGAGAGUGUCUGUUAUGAAAGGGAGAAAUCUCCUGGCCAAAGAUGCUAAUGGAUACAGUGACCCCUACUGCAUGCUUGGAAUUUUGCUGGGACAGAGUCCCAGGGAUAUUGAGGAGAGGAAGGAGAGGAAGUUCAGUUUUCGCAAGAAGAAGGACAAGCUUGAGAAGCGACCCAGUGUCAGGGAGGUGCUGGCAGCCAAGUGCAUUCAGGUCACAGAAGUCAAACCUCAGACACUCAAUCCUGUCUGGAAUGAGCAUUUUAUUUUUGAGAUUGAUGACGUUUACAGUGAUCUGCUACAUUUGGAUAUUUGGGAUCAUGAUGAUGAUGUUUCUGUGGCCGAGGCCUGCAGGAAACUCAACGAAAUCAGUGGAUUCAAGGGAAUGGGCAGAUAUUUUAAGCAAAUUGCUAAAUCCGUCAGGGCCAAUGGUGCAGCAGCAUCGGCAACAGAAGAGAAUACAGAUGACUUCCUAGGCUGCCUCAACAUCCCCAUUAAUGACAUUCCAGUGAAUGGGUCUGACAAAUGGUUCAAGCUGGAGCCCCGAUCCAGAGCCUCCAAGGUGCAGGGAGAGUGCCACCUCAUCCUAAGGCUCUUUACAACUCAGAGAGACACCACAUUAAGUAAGAAAGAACUGUGUACGGCCAUCCAUGAGAAGAUUUUACGGCAGAUUCUGGAGUAUGAACAUACUGAGAUCCAGGCAGCAAAUUACAACUGGGAUGGGCAAGUUUCUCUCCCUGCAUGGACUGUGCUCUCCCAUCAUGUCAUGCAAUUGGAUCUGACACCACUUCAGCAGGCUAUAAUACGAUGGAAGUGUUACAGCAGGCACCACCGCUUGCAGAGGAUAAGUUACGCCGUAUUGCUUGGACUCUUGAAAGCCAUAGAGACUAAAUGGGAUUCAUCAGCUGUAGAAGGAAAUGAGGAGAGGAGCUUAGCAGACAGCUUUCAACUUCACAUUGAUUAUUGCUUGUCACUGCUGAAGAGGCUGCGUAAGGUUUUCUCAUGCUCCAACAGCACAGCCAUCACACGCUGUGAGCUUCUGUUGAGGGGCUUGGAUUACCUUCGAGGCAUGCAAGCUUUUAAAACAGUGUGCCCCAGUCGCAAUGAACUCCCUCUGGAGAUUGCUACUGUCAUAAAGAAAAGUACUGUGGAGUGGUAUGAAGGUAUCAUUUCAAAUUCUGAACUAGAUGAAGGGAUGUUGGAGCAGCAACUGAGACAGCUGGUCCUGAUAGUGGAUGCUGUGUGUACUGAUGUGCGGAAAGGAAAGAAUAUUUAUAAUAAAAUAUUCUUGAGCUCCGUUAGAGUGGAUUUCUUCAGUGCAUCUUACUGUCAGCUGGAAAAAUUGGUGGCCAAUGAUGUGAGAGUGACCAUGGAGAAGGUGUCUUGGACCCUAGAACAGGAGGGUUUCCGGCUAACCCAGACCAUGGGGGAGACCCUCAUUGAGCUCUACAUAUCCCUGAAGACCCUCAGGCUGUACAGUGAAUUCUUACCCCUCAGGGACACGAAGACAUUGGCUCUGACAGAGUUUCAUGAGUGGUUCAAGACUUCCAUUCACAAGUGGCUGCAGAUAGUUCAUGAGAAGUCAUGUGACAGAAUCAGCAGAGCAGUUGAGAUGGACCAUCUACUGCCAGUCCAUAGCCAGGUCAAACACAGUACCUCUGCCAUCGACAUCACUGCUUGCUUCAACCAAAUCAGAGAGUACUGGACACAGCUGGCCUGGCCAGACUCUGCGGAGACCUUCACCUUUGUAACACACCUGACAGAUGAUUUUUGCAGGGCUGCUGUGUGGUACUGUGGGCUGAUCAAACGAAAAAUUGAGAGAAAUCAGCCAGGACAGGAACACAAGAACCUCAUUCUCCAGUUGUGUAUUGCCCUGAACAACAUUGAGCAUGUGCGAGUGUUUCUGGGCAACUUGCCCCAGGACUGGGACUCGAGGGGCCUUCAGUUAGCCAUGGAAGACUCUUGUGGAGCUGAGGGUAAAGAGCAGAUCAACAAGGCUCUCAGUGUCCAGCUGUAUAACAUUGACCUGGACCUGCAGAGAGAGGCCAAGCGUAUAAUCACAAGCCUUACUGACAAGAUGCUUUCAGAUCUGAAGAGAUACAUUCAGCACAUCAGCCUCUCUCCUGACUCCAUCCAAAAUGAUGAAGCUGUAGCCCCCCUGAUGAAGUACUUAAAUGACAAUUUAAUUAUUCUCAGUGGGUCACUUGUAAAGGGAAAUCUAAGCAGAGUUCUGCAGGAUUUGUGGACCCUACUCCUUAGAAUGAUUUUUGACACCAUUGUAGAGAACCGAGGUGUACAAGUGGAGUUCUAUGGAAGGUUUCAAUACACUGUAGAGGCCCUUCUACAGUUCUUCCAUGCAGAAGGAGAAUGGAUGACUUUGGAGGACCUCUGCAAUUCUGACUUCAAGGCCCUGGAGGAAGAACUACGACUAAAUAAGUGCUCAUCUACUGACCUAAUUGAACAGUACUUUCUGGAAAAAAUCUCACAGCAGAAAACACUCAAGCACAGUAGGUUUGGACGGAUCAGUGUCAAGUUUUAUUAUGAGCCUACUGACCAGCGGCUGACUGUGGAGAUUCUGCAUGCAGCUGACAUCAUUGCCCUGGAUGCCAACGGUCUAAGUGACCCUUUUGUCAUUGUGGAGCUUUGUCCUCUGCACCUCUUCCCUAAUGCCAAAAGCCAGCGCACACAAGUGAAGACCAAGACCCUGCAUCCUGUCUUUGAUGAAGUCUUCUACUUCCAUGUCAGCCCGGAGCAGUACAGACACAGGUGUGCCUGCGUCUCUUUCACUGUGAUGGACUAUGACUGGCUGUCCACAAAUGAUUUUGCUGGGGAUGCCAUAGUGCCACUCAGUGACUUCUGCUGGCCAGGCCGGCCCAGCACAUCUAGUGCAGCCAAGAAUUUACCACCUGUCAUCCUACACCUGACUCGCAGCAAACCUAGCGAGAAACUUAUUGUGAAGAUUCUAGAGGCAAGGACUGGAGACAAUGGAGCCCAGGAGUUCUCUAGAAGGGUGAAGGAGAUUGAAAAGUCAAUGGAAGAAGAGUAAUUUGUUUUCACCAGAAUGUCUCUGUGAUUUAGUGGCACAUCUGCUUGCUUUUCUACCUGUACUGUUUAAUAAUUACAAAGAAAGAAAAAAAAUGUUAUAUGUGUAUUUUCAGAUGUUUCUAGCAUUUAGUCUUCAGAUGAAUUCUUUUUAAUCAUAUU